AUGAAUGUCGGCUCAAUAUUAAACAAUGAUCCUCCUCAAGGUGACUCAAAGUCGACUUCUCAACCAGCACAAUCUCCCUCCACUUCCAAUGUACUGCGGUCAUCGGUUCCUCAAGCGCAGCAGCAGCAGCAGCAACAGCAAGGCCCUCCUCGUCAACCACAGUCUAGUCGCUCUUCCAUACAAUCGGUCCAUGAAAGACAUUCCAUCACAAAUAUGUUGAACGACACGACGCAAGAGGAGGAACCACCAAGGGCCAAUACGGAAGCACACGUGCCGCUGCCUCAAGAACAUCAACAAGGUCCUCCACCCUUAAGUGAGUUUCGAAAACCGUUUUCCUCAAGUGCCUUGAGCUCUCCAGUUUUGGCCCAAAGACCACCUCCAACUCAGGCGGGCAGCAAUAGUGGGUUCUCGAGCUCGCGAACAAGUCCAAAUACCUCAAAACGAAAUAGUAUUGCCAACUUGACCAAUCCUGAAGAUCAUCCCCCGCCCACAAACAAACGUGAAGAGGCAAACUCUACGCCGCGUCAUAGUGAAAGGAAAUCAAGUACCACACCCACGGUUAUUCCAGAUGAAGAUGACUUGACCAAGAUCAAAAAGAUCAAGCAAUCAAAUAAACCUCGCAGAUACAACACACCUCCAAUCUGGGCGCAAAGGUGGGUUCCUCCUAACGAACGUGGUGCUGGUGAUGUUUACGACGGUGGUUCACUCAAUGACCGUGGCCAUGUGGAAGAGGUAACGAGAAUUUCACUGAAGCCAGUCUUUGACAGAACCGUAACAAAUUACGUUGAUCUACAAUGUAGUAUAACCGGUGUGAUUCCACCAUCAUCGAUUACGCGUACAAUAUCGGAAUGGAUAUUUGCCAACUUUGCCAAUAUCGAAGAUUCCAACAGAGCAUUUGUUGAAUUAGAGUUGAAAUUUGGAAAAAUCAUUGACAAACGAACAGGGAAUAGGAUUAAUUUGAAUGUUAUAACCGAGUGCAUAUACACCAACGAUUCGGAUAUAAGAUUUGAUAUGGAGGUUGAAGAGAUUGCAUGGAACGAUAUACGUAAAAUGUUUGACGAGUUAGAGAGAAAAUUCCAAGAGGAUAAAAAGACUGACCAUAGCAUUCGAGACAAGCGGAAAUUCAAAAUGCUCGAAUCUGAUCAAACCGAUUCAUUUUAUCAGCUAGGUGGUAAACAUGAACAUUUGCGCAAGGUGAGAAUAUCAAAGGACAAUCUACUCGACCCACCCAGAUACACUGCCAUCCAAAAGGAACGAAUUGCUGACUUGUACAUCCACAGCCCGCAGGCAAUGUAUGAUUUACGUCUUUCGCUUUCGUUGGAAGUUCCAGUACCCGAGGGUAACGUUGAAUCUAUCAUGUCAAAGAGCAGUCCACAAAUGCAACGUGAAAAGAAGCGCGUUUCAUUUACUCAUACACCAACAAUCACCCAGUUUGAUCUUACGCGAGUAAUGGUUCCCCGUGAGUACAAGAACAAGUCAGGUAAGAAAGUGGUGAAUCAUGAGACAAAAUAUGAAGUCGAGAUGGAAGCUGAUACGUUGGAGAUAUUCCAAUCUAUUGAUAAGGUUAGACAAGGUACUGAUUCUUUCAGGUUGGAAGAAGUUGUGGAGAUUUUUUUGAAUAAUGCAAGAAUCAUCAAUAACAGGGUAACGAAGUUGGCAUUGUAG